UUCUAAACCUAGUUUAUUUUAUUUCAUAUUUGUGACUGUACCUGUGCCUCGCCUCUCUCUGCUCUCUGCGAUUGGGUUUUGGGAAACGAAGGUUUAGCCACUUAAGGUCAAAAAAACUAACAAAUGGGUCGUGGGGUCAGUAGUGGUGGUGGUGAGAGUUCUUUGGGAUAUCUCUUUGGAAGUGGGGAGAAUCCUAGCAAAGCUCCAGCUGCACCGCUUCAAGCUCAGCCUGCAAAUGAGGGGCCUUCACCAAAUGCAGCUGUUGCAUCACCACCAACUGAAAAGCAAGUUCCAGCUGGAGCGCCUGGGAAUCUUACAAACAACUACCAUCGUGCUGAAGGGCAAAACUGUGGCAAUUUCAUCACGGAUCGACCAUCAACCAAGGUUCACGCUGCCCCAGGUGGUGGAUCUUCCCUGGAUUACCUCUUUGGUGGUCCUGGAGGGAAAUGAUUAAUCUGUAUGAGUGAUGGCGAUGCGUAAAAUACAUCUUAGUUUGUCUUUAUGUUUAUCAGUGGGAUUAUUUGUUUCUUGUGCUGUUGAAUCAAUUUCCCUGACAAUAUUAUUUCGGUUGAUUGACUAAAAUAUGCUGAUUCAAUAUGGUAUUAAUUUCUUCCCCUGUUUCAUGUUGAAUUAAUCUCAUUCUGUUUAUUAUUAUAA